UUCCGAAGUGAGCAGGUGUGGAGGAAAUCCGGUCCGACGUGACUAUAAAUCGCCCCGCCGGGACUCCGACGCGGAGCGGUCGCCCCGACUCUAAUGAGGCAGCUUCCCCUCUCCCUCCCUUCCGUCCUCCGCAGCCCAGUUAUCCUCGUCGUCGCCAGAACGCUCACCCACUGCCUAGCCCCUGACGACGAGCGCGACGAGGGCUUCGUCAGAAUCCUCCGCGAGAUCCUCCACUCGAAGCAGAGCUGGCGCGUCUCCCUCAACGCCCCAUUCGUCGCCCACCGUCUCCGGCCCCGCCAUGUGGAGGCGCUCCUCCUCCAGUCCCUCGACCACCCGCGCCUCGCCCUCCGCUUCUUCAACUUCCUCGACCUCCACCGCGGCUUCCCCCACUCCUCCCUCUCUUUCUCCAUCCUCUCCCUCGCCCUCCUCCGCGCCGGCCUCCACUGGCCCGCCUCCUCCCUCCUCCAAACCCUCGCCUCCCACCGCACCGUCGCCCCCGCCGACGCGUUCCACUCCAUGCUCCGCUCCCGAGACCUUUGCCACUUCCCCUCCGCCCUCGGCUUCGACUUCUUGAUCCAGGCUUAUCUUCAAUGCCGGAGGGAAUUGGAUGCUCUCUCCAUCCUUGAGCUCACGAUUGGCUCCGGUUUGCUCCCCGAGAUUAGAACAUUCAGCGACGUGAUGUAUGGACUGGCGAAGAUCCGGCGGUUUGAUCUGGUAUCGGGAGUGUUUGACGAGGUAAUGAGAGCCGGGGCUCGUCCCGAUAACUUCAUUUACACCGCGGCGGUGAGGAGCUACUGUGAAUUGAAGCAUUUGGACAGAGCGAAGGAAAUAGUGCAUCAGAUGGAAAUGGAAGGGCUAAAUUCUAGCGUCGAUACUUAUAAUGUGUUGAUUCAUGGGCUAUGCAGGAACCGUCGAGUCAUGGAGGCGGUGGAGAUUAAGAAUUCAUUGGGAGAUAAAGGGUUGAAGGCGGACGUCAUGACUUAUCGUGCGCUGGUGCUUGGCCUUUGCAAGGCGGCGGAGUUCGGCAUGGCCCUGGAGAUGACAAAGGAGAUGAUGGGUUUCAAGUUCGUUCUGAAUGAAGCUGUUUGCUCGAUUCUGGUCGAUGGAUUGAGGAGGACAGGGAAGAUAGAAGAGGCUUUUGAUCUGGUUCAUGGGUUGGCGAGGUUGGGAAUUAUCCCUAAUGUGUUUGCCUACAAUGCUCUGAUCAAUUCUGUGUGUAAAAGUGGGAAAUUUGAUGAGGCCGAGUCUCUAUUUUUGAAGAUGAAAGAGAAGGAUCUGUCACCAAAUGAUGUUACGUACUCGAUAUUGAUCGAUUCAUUGUGCAAGAGAGGGAAACUGGAGGAUGCACUCCUUCUGUUUGGUAAAAUGAGAGAGGAGGGUUUACAGGUUACAGUUUACCCAUAUAAUGCUUUGAUAAAUGGGCACUGUAAGUUGGGGAAUUUGAGUAAAGCAGAGGCUCUAUAUCAGGAGAUGAUUGAUAAAGGGGUGGCACCAAAUGCAGUGACCUUUACUGCAUUAAUUACUGGGUAUUGCAAGGAGGGGGGUUUGGAUGCUGCCUUAAAGCUUCACCGCCAGAUGCCCAAGAAGGGGGUGACAUGGAAUACCCAUACCUUUACAGCACUAAUCAGUGGGUUUUGUUGGGCUAAGAUGAUGACACAAGCAGCUCAACUGUUUAAUGAAAUGUUUGAAGUAAAUGUAGCUCCAAAUGAGGUGACUUAUAAUGUCAUGAUAGAAGGGUAUUGCUCAAUAGGAGAUACAGGAAGAGCUUUCCAGUUAUAUGAUGCAAUGGUGGAAGGGGGUCUUCUGCCAGAUAAUUAUACCUAUAGGUCUUUAAUAAGUGGCUUGUGUAUGACCUGUAAGGUUUCCGAAGCAAAGGAGUUCGUAGAUGAUCUACCUAGGGAGCAGCUCGUGCUAAACCAGAUGAGCUUCAGUUCACUUCUAAAUGGACUCUGCAAAGAAGGAAGAGUACGUGAAGCUGACAGUAUUUGGAAGGAAAUGGUGGAGAGAGGUCUUGAAAUGGAUCUUGUCUGCUAUAGUGUGAUUAUCUAUGGAUUGCUAAAACAGAAUGACCAGGUAAGAUCAUACUCACUAUUGAGGGAGAUGGUUGAUAAGGGAAUCAAACCAGAUGAUGUUUUAUAUACAAAUGUAAUUGAUGCAUAUAUGAAACUAGGAAAUAUUACAGAGGCUUUAGGUUUUUGGGGUAGGAUGGCUGGUGAGGGCUGUGUCCCAAAUGUUGUAACAUAUACUGUGCUGAUAGAUGGCUUGUGUAAGGCGGGGUUUAUCAGAAAAGCAGAGCUGCUUUGUAAAGAGAUGUUGGUUAGCAGUUUCCUUCCUAACCAAGUUACUUAUGGCUGUUUCCUUGACCACUUUGCCAGGGAAGGAAAUGUAGAUGAAGCUAUGGUACUGCAUAAGGCGAUGGUCAAAGGGCUCCUAGCAAACACAACCACAUAUAAUAUAUUGAUAAGGGGUUUUUGCAAAAUAGGAAGAACUCAGGAUGCUAUUAAUCUUCUUGCUGACAUGGUUGACAAUGGAAUAUUUCCUGACUGCAUUAGCUAUUCAACACUUAUUUAUGAGUACUAUAGAAAAGGUGAUUUACAGGAAGUUUUUAAGCUGUGGGAUGAUAUGCUGAGUAGGGGGCUGAAGCCUGAUGCACUGGCAUACAAUUUUUUGAUACAUGGUUGUAUUUUAAGUGGUGAAGUGACUAAGGCUCUUGGACUGUAUUAUGAUAUGCUACGAAACAGUGUAAAGCCAAAUUGGGCCACCUAUCGUGCUCUUUUCCAUGGAACAUUUUUGAUGGGUGUUACAAGAGAGAGUGCUUUGCUUAAAGAAUAAUGGUCAAAGAAUCACACCUGGAAGCUCAAACUCCAAUCUUAAAUGCAUUCUAGAUGGCUUUCAGAAUGGCUAUUUAAAUGUGAGCAUAUGGGACAGCAAAUCUGCCUCAAGGAUGCUGAACUCAUUUUAUCAGGAAUUUCAGGUGGUAAACCUUGUUGCACUGCAUAGCUUGAGUGGUAAAUGUAGUUCUGCCAUCAAACACUCAUUAGUCAAAAAGUAAACAAAUGCAAAAUUCUAGAGUGGAUUGAUGCUUCUUUUGUGAAAUAGCAUUGCUGGCGAUAAUUUUGGUGUGUUGACAUGAAGGCUAUCUGCAGACAUUAUUUAGCAUGGCUGCGGCCUCUUUCGUGGUUCAAGGAGGGUCGGUGCUGAAAUUGGAAAUGCUAGUUCAUGCUUCAUCAUACAAGUUGGAAGAUGGCAAGGCACAUGUCAUGGAAGUUGCCACUUGUAUCCAGGCAUUUUACCUCAUUUUCCAGGACAUGAUCCAUUUCCACAACACAACAGACAUGAAAUCAAAAGAAAUUGCAAUUAACGUACUUGGUGAAUCCCUCAGGAGGAAGACAAUAUCAGUGUCGGUUGAGAAGGAAUCUGGGGAUGGAGGAGGAAGUGGGCUCUAGGUUCGUGAGCACCUGACCAGAUACGUAUAUUUUUUAUCAGCUUAGUUAAUCUCAGCAGAUCUAAGAGUUGCAUGGUAAAGAAUCAGGAAAAUUGUUAGGGAUCACAGUGCUAAGACUCUGGAUCAUGAAAGCACAGCUGUACAAAUCCACUUUUAUGGGCUUCCCCAUGCCACCUCCUCUUCAAGCUGCUAACAGGCUGCUGACUGUCCAUGUUGCCAGGGAAAUGAAAAAGCACUCUGCUGAUAAGUUUUGUAAUUAUUGCAAUGUAGGUAAAGAGCAAAUGAGCUUUAAUUUAACAAGUUCAAUUUUAUAUUUUAUUAGACCAAUCAAUUAGUAAUUCCUGGAUCUUCAAAAUAAUCUUUUGGUUUUCUUUUUUUUUGGACUUUGAAUCCUACUUUCACUAAAACUGGCAUAAUUCACGUCAAAACACUUUCCAGUGCAAAAUUCACUUCAUCUGAUAACUAUUGCUAGUCAUCUGAUAUGUACAUUGUAACCAUGCUUGAUGUCCAUAUUGCGCCUUUUAAACAGAAACCAUGUUAAAGAAACAAAAAUCCAUAAAACAAGUAGUUCAGGAGACAUUUCAGUUUAUCAGCUCAUCCUUCCAUACAUACAGGCACUUGAUCAAAAUAUGAGGUGAUAAGUGUUUUACCAAAGUUGGUGCAGGCAGCACUUGGUUAAGUCAUAUUCAUGUUCCCAUUUGCCUCACCAUUCCUUCAGUCAACUGUUCUUUUUGAGAGAAUAGGUGGUCAACUGUUAGAUUAUGUUAUUCCAUUAUUAAUCUCCACACCCCCCAAGCCCCAUUGUUUCUAUCUGUCUGGGUUUUUAGGGAUGUCAGUGGCUGAGUUAAAUACAUAUGACCCAGUUGAAUAGGUUGAUCUGUAAAUUUUAGUUUUGGCCCUCUUGGGAUCAUUAUAUUCCAGUCGUGUUUGAUACCAAGGGUGCACAUGAUGGUGCUCGUUAUCAACCACGGCAUCUGGGACACUGCCUACUUAUUUGUUUUUGUUUGGGCCACUGAAUACUUUGCUUUCCCAAAAUCGUUUUGCCAUUCACUUUAUAUUUCAAUGUUUAUACCCUUUUUUUUAGAUAAUGAAUAUUGAGACCUUACCUAUUGAUUGUUUCUUAAUAAGUAUACAAAAUAUAAAGAGCACUUUCUGCGAAUUGGUGAAUUGAUAUUAGAUUGAGUUCAUUUUAAUAUAUAGACGCUUUUCUCCUUGAGGAUGCUUAAUUUUGUGUUCUAGUAAUCAGUUUUUAGCUUUAAUUUUUUGUUUCAUUUAGUGAUAAAAUGGUUCCACACUGUAAUGUGAAGCUUUCAUCGCCUGCUGCUUUAUAUUAUGAUAAUGCUCUUGGUGCAUUGUAUAUAUGUAAUUUGUGGGUGCAUCUUCUACUGAUUAACUAGAGAAUCUGCUUUAUUUUGAUUUUGCAAGGGGCUUUGACUGCUCGUUUUAGGACCAACAUCUUUUGCUCAUUUGGCCUACAAACAAUGUGAAAAUGGAAAUUUGCUGAGGCUUGCUCUCUCUGGUGCAAAUAAUCAACUCUUAAUGUGUAAGUUACCGGUGGAAGAUCAUUGGCUUAUGGUGACACUGACAAGAGAGUUAAUACAGGCUUAUCCACUGGAUUUUUGUCUUAUAUUGGCAAUGUCCCAGCUUUGUCUUGGGCCAUGGUCUGGUCUACACUCUUCUGUAUUGCAAAACUCUUUCAGAACCUUGGAGAGAAUGGGAAGGGACCGGACAAACCUGCUCUCUUGGAUUUGGUACCUCAAAAUUUGCAUGUAACCGGAGUCAGAGAAUGAUGCAUGAGUAGUGAGUAUUCAAUCUCUGUUCCUGUUCUUAUAGCAGCUGAUGUUUGGUGUGGAAUGGGAACCAUUUACCUAGGUUUUUUAUUGAUUUUUAAGAAAGCAGCUACAAAGAUAGGUAAUUGACGUCUAUAAGAAGCUAUAAGGCUGUUUUCCAAACUGUGCAAGAGACAAGAAUUCAUCACUUGCCAGAUCGUGCUUGACGUUUUUUGUGCACUCGAUUGCAAGAGGUGCCAAUCAAGGAUUGCUGGCCGUCUUCCUAUAAGCUUCAUAUAUUGUGGCAUGGACAUUAAGGUUGAAAUCAAAUUUUUGAUUUACUGAUUAAGACAUACAAGAUGCAAUCUGCGAUCUUGUACAAUUCAGUAUGAUAAAGAAUGUGUAGGAGAGCAAAAUGAUGGUAUGAGCUGGGUGCAAUGUAUAGUGAGGAAGUUGUGUUGAAGGAUCAGAAUAGGUAAAAAAAAAAAAAAAAAAGGAUUCCAUAUGGUGUCUUAAUUCUAAUAGUUAAGUAAAUAGAAAAGAAUGAUUGCAGGCAGACUGCCAAAAGUUGCUGGAUAAGCCACUCUAUGCGGUAAUAUCAAGGAAAUGUAUAUAAUCUUCAAUAAAUAUUAAAGCCUUGAUGUAAUCUGUAUAUAUGCUUUAAGUGAAUACAGGAUGCCUGUUAUUAUCCCA